UUUUUGACGUUUUGAGUUUUUGUAUAACCACUACACCACCGAUAUACGCGAACUAUUUAUAAAUUUUUAUUUUGUACGAAUUCGACCGUUUCUUUUAUUUUCUAAGUGCAAUGUUUAAAAACUUUUGAAUCAUAUAUAUAACGAAAAAGCAGAGUGCUAAACAAGAUUUGGUGGUUUGGUAAAGGAACCCAAAAAUAAAAAUAGGAAACGAUUCCCCAAAUUCCAUAAAAGAAAGAAAUGGCAACGCGUGGCGGAGGUCCGACGGUAACAGGCACCGAUGGCAAUGAUUUCGAAUAUAGACAACGAGUGGCUGCACCACAUCAAAUUAGCUUGCUAAACAAAUCUCGACUGAAAUACUGCAUUUUCUUCCAUGCCCUGCUAUUUUUUGUUAUGUUAGCCAAGCUAACCUCAGACAUAUUGGAUCGUUUGGAUAUCUUUGUAUUGGAAAUUGAAGAGCUCGAGGUGCCAGCACCGCUAUGGUGGGAAUACAUAUGGUUGGCAUCAUUGCUGACAUCAUUUGUGGGCCUAUCGGCGGCACGUGGCAAUAGAAUACGUGAUAUGCAAAAAUAUAUGAUUGUGCUGGGACUGUUUGGUGUGCUGCCCCUGAUGUAUUGUUUUAUCUAUUACAUUGGUGAUGUAAUUGAAUAUUUGACGCUGGACGAUGAAACGGAUUUGGAGGAUACCGAUAUAUUCCUAUGGAGAGGUCUACCCUAUGGUCUGUUGUGGCAUGCCUUCUGUUUUGUGGGUUUCCAAAUACAUGGUUUCACUUUGUAUUUCUCCUAUAAUUUGAUUAAGGCCUGGAAGGCACGCUCUGCCAGAAAAUAUCAAUAGAUUUCUAGCUUCAAGUCUUACUUUGUUACUAUUGAAAAAAAAACUCUUGUUGUAAAAAAAUGAAACGAAACGAAAAGCAUGAAGAGGAAAUAACAACAAACAAACAUGAAUGACCUGGUUAAACUAUUUUUGAUGUUUCUAUAUACCUACAAACAAAAAAAAAUUGUAUAAAUACUAUAGAGUUAGAACAAAAUAUCAAAGUUAGCAUUGACUUGAAUUAGUCCAAAUAAAAAAGGCAUGUGUACGCUGUACAUGUUGUAAAUUAUAUAUAUAAAAAAAUGGUCAUAAACUGCACAUUUAUCAUUGCAAGCACAAAAAUGGAUGUUUUUUUAAAAUCAUUUUAACAAAAGCAGAAAGAAUUUGAAUUAUGCAUAUGGGUAUAUCAAUAAAAUUGAAAAUUUUAAAAUACUCUAAUACUUGAUACUCCUCCAUAAAUAAACACAAAAAACACUUGCAAUACCGUUUCCUAGAUGUUUGUGCGUGAUGUUUGUUAAAAGUCAAUUUAUAGUUAAAACAAAAAGUUGUACGAAUAUACAUACAUACAUAUAUAUUUUUAAGUACUUAAACGGGUACUCUAUUAUGUUUUAUAAGCUGUGCCUAAGUCUAUGAUUCUUGACAUGACAAAAAAAUAAUGAAAGUCCUUUAUGGGAAAAAGGAGAAAGAUAGAUAUGUUAACUAAUUAUUUCAACUGCCUUUUAUGAUUUCAAACAACUGUUGGUGUCUUUGUUUAAACUCCCUUUUAGCAUUAUUGUCUUUUUUAGUUUUAUUUAUCUACCAAAAAUGAAAGAAGCGGUAUCCUAUAAAACAAUA